AUGGAAAAUAAAGACAAUUUGCUGUACUACUUUCUCACCCAAUGCUUGUGUUCUCUCCAUGAAUCUUUAUAAAAAUUAAUUAAGUAAAAGUUUGUAUUUAUUCGAUGGUCAAAAACAAAUAAAGGUGUCUCAUUUGAAUUAACCAUUCUAAAGUAACCUUCAUCGAAGGUUUUUUCACUUCUUUCGCCAUUCUUGCAUGGAUAUUAGUUUUUGGAGACCAUUCAGUUAAGUCAAAAUGAGCACAAUCAUUUUUAUAACCUUACUUCUUAACUAAUAAAGUAUAAACUUAUUUUUAAGCUACUCUAUAAUAAUUUAGUUUUCCAUUAAUAUCGAAUGUAUCCGAUAAAAUGGAGAUUCUACUGGAUCCAUAAUCUGACAGGUUGUAUAUUCAACCUUCCAUUAUAUAAUUAUCCAUCAGCCUCAGCAAUAGUCGACAAAUCUUCACUAUUCUAAACAUUAGCAUUUUUAUCACCUUCCGUUUCAUAAACUAUUAAAUAAUAGCAAAAUCAGUUGUUUAAGGUUCAUCAGAACAAAAUUAUAAACAUGAUCCUAUAGAAUAACUUACAGAAGCCAGGGAUCUCUCUACAAUAACAGCCUCUUGCUCUGGUUUAUUAGCUUUAGGAAGUGCUUUUAUUAAUUUAAUCAUGA